GGUAGGUGGCAGCAAACACGAGGGUACCGAAGUACAUGUAUGACCAAUUUGAAGGUUGCAAAACACUACUGAAUAUGUGUCUGUAAUAUUAGGACCAAUGGGAGACUUAAGAUUGCUAGGUGGCAGCAAACACGAGGGUACCGAAGUACAUGUAUGACCAAUUUGAAGGUUGCAAAACACUACUGAAUGUGUCUGUAAUAUUAGGACCAAUGGGAGACUUAAGAUUGCUAGGUGGCAGCAAACACGAGGGUACCGAAGUACAUGUAUGACCAAUUUGAAGGUUGCAAAACACUACUGAAUAUGUGUCUGUAAUAAUAUUAGGACCAAUGGGAGACUUAAGAUUGCUAGGUGGCAGCAAACACGAGGGUACCGAAGUACAUGUAUGACCAAUUUGAAGGUUGCAAAACACUACUGAAUAUGUGUCUGUAAUAAUAUUAGGACCAAUGGGAGACUUAAGAUUGCUAGGUGGCAGCAAACACGAGGGUACCGAAGUACAUGUAUGACCAAUUUGAAGGUUGCAAAACACUACUGAAUAUGUGUCUGUAAUAUUAGGACCAAUGGGAGACUUAAGAUUGCUAGGUGGCAGCAGACUAACCAGGUAAAUGUCCAUUGUUUAUGUAGUUCUGAGCAUGUGCCCAUUACCAAGAAUAAUGAGUUUACAAUACUCCUAAGUGAUCUUUUUAUUUUGGUUGUGAAACCCUGCGCUGAAGUGUCCUAAGCACUGUAUUCUUGGUACUUUCUGAUUCUUUGCUGAAAAAGAACUCUACAGGCAAACUUGUUUAUUAUUGAUACCCACUUAUUUUUGCUUAGCAGUGUACAUGAGGCCAGCGGCUCUAUGUGAUCACUCCCAGGUCAUACAUAGUUAUUAGGUCGGAAGUUUUAUCAAUCAAAAUUAAACUGCCAUGAUAUGAAAGAACAGAUGUUCACUCUCAAAAGAAAAUGCCUAGUUUGGGGGAUUUCUGUUUGUUUUUUGUUUUCACUGUUGAGCUGGAAAGUUUGGGACAAAAAAGUAAUAUGAGUUGAAUGUGAGUAUGUGACCAAUUGGAGAUGUUUGGACGGUCCUUUUGUAACAGCUCUUGCGUGUAGUGCACAUGCUCAUACCUAUGCGCGCCAAUACUGAGCUGCAAAAAAAAGGGACUGUUAAGUCUGCUGCCAUCAGCGUCUUUAAAGUCUUUGGAAGGCAACUGUCUUAAACUUAUAGUGUUGUAUACUGCAUGGCUCUCAUCGAAUAACUGGUUCUGUAUGUGAUAUAUUUGCUUUGGCCCACUUGGUUACACCCAGCUCAUAAAUAUUAAGUACUGUCUACUUUGCAUACAGCUCAUGUCAAAGGUCACACCAUGACCUGCAUUCCCAGGUAUAGACUAGUUAAUAAAACGUUUUUCCAGUAUGGCAGCUCCUUUGCACAGUGUGUGGAUUAUUGUCUACCAUCCCACGCGAAAUACACUACAACUGGCGACGAGGAUGGGAUGUCAAAAAGUUUAAUAACUAUCUACAGGGACGGAAGUUUACAUUGGUUACGGAUCAUCAACCACUCACUUCCAUCUUCCAUCCUGCUAAGAGUGUUCCCACGACAACAGCAUCACGUAUGGUGCGAUACGCUCUUUUUCUUGCUAGUCACGACUACGAAAUAGAAUACAAGAACACCACUAAGCACUGUAAUGCGGAUGGACUUUCGCGACUGCCAGUACCUGAGGUUCGGACUGAAGACAUUGACCCGGAUGAUCUUCUCCACAUGUCUCAGCUGGAGAAAAUGCCAGUCACUAGUGCUCAAGUACGCAAAGAAACGGCUCGCGAUAUUGUGCUCUCCCAAGCUUGUGAAUUCACCAUGAAAGGAUGGCCGAACACAUAUGACGCUGAACUUAAACCCUUUAACGUACGCAGGAAUGAACUUUCACUGCACGAUGGAUGUCUUAUGUGGGGAUUACGUGUGAUAAUUCCACUAAAACUACGUGAGACCAUUCUCGCCGAGUUGCAUCAGGGUCACUUGGGAGUUGUCAAAAUGAAAAAUCUCGCUCGUGGAUAUGUGUGGUGGCCUGGACUCGAUAACGACAUUGAACUACUUGCGAAAGGUUGUGCUGGAUGCCAAAAAGUACAGCACAAUCCCAAGUCAGCACCACUCCACACAUGGGAGUGGCCCACAACACCAUGGCAGCGUAUUCAUAUUGACUAUGCCGGCCCAUUUUUUGGCCAAAUGUUUCUUGUAGUUGUGGACGCCCACUCCAAGUGGCCUGAGGUUGUGAGUACGAAAUCUGCAGACUCUACGCGCACAAUUGAAAUUCUACGCAGCAUUUUUGCACGGAAUGGAGUGCCAGAGCAGUUAGUCAGCGAUAACGGCCCACAGUUUACAUCGGACGAGUUUCAAACAUUUCUGAAGCGUAACGGGAUAAAGCAUAUUACAUCUGCCCCGUACACCCUUCUACGAAUGGGCUCGCUGAACGAUUCGUUCAAACCUUCAAACAAGCGCUGAAAUCAAUGAGUGGGGAGAAGGGUUCCACAGCAGCCAAAUUGGCUAACUUUCUUUUUGCAUACAGGAGUGCCCCACACAGCACGACCGGACAAUCUCCAGCAAUGUUGUUCUUGGGGAGAAACCUUCGUUCACGAUUGGAUAUUCUAAAGCCUAAUGUCCGUCGCCAUGUCAACAACAAGCAAAUGGAUCAGACUGCGUCACACACAUCUGCCAAUAUAACGCGUGAGUUUCACAUUGGUCAAACUGUUUCUGUUCGCGACUACAGAGGCAAUCAAAAAUGGAUACCUGGUGUGGUACAUGCUCGCACUGGACCUGUGUCCUAUGAAGUUUGUGUCGGUCCAAACAUGAUCUGGCGCCGCCAUAUUGACCAACUUCUCGACUCGCACAUUGGGAAACCCCCUAAUCUCAAUGUACCUGUACCCUAUGAUGUCAUACCACAGAUCGUACCAUCGGAAAUGGACAAUCCUACACCAACACCAGUUGAACCAGACCUUACUGAACCUAGUGAAACAUCAUCACCUACUAAACCUUCCAUGUCGGGUAGUCCUCAUGUUGUUGAACGUCGCUACCCCGCACGCGAACAUAAACCUCCUGAUAAACUCAAUUUAUAACUGACUGCACAUAAAAACCAAACAAAAGAAGACGUUUAAAGUCAAAGUUAAGGUGUUUUAUUCAACAAACAAAAAUGUUGCCAUGGAUUACUUUGAUAUUUAAUGGACUUUACUCAUUUCUGGAUGUUCACUCAAACAAGUUGUUUGGAACUGUUGUUUACCUACAUUUAAUGGAUCACUGUUUAUUAUUUGUUUUACCGGACUUGUUGAACAUUGAAAGCAACUUCAUAUUUAGUGGGGAGGAAUUGUGAUAUAUUUGCUUUGGCCCACUUGGUUACACCCAGCUCAUAAAUAUUAAGUACUGUCUACUUUGCAUACAGCUCAUGUCAAAGGUCACACCAUGACCUGCAUUCCCAGGUAUAGUUAAUAAAACGUUUUUCCAGUAUGGCA